CGUUGUUGUCCUUAGUGCUGACGGGGGAAAUCCUUCGGCACCAAGAUCCCGAAGAUGGAGACACAACAGCAUUCAGUUACGAAUGAAAGCCUGCGUGCUUGUCAUUGGUACCUUACGUCGUGGUACACCAAUCCACUGCGUAAAGUACAAAACUCGCCAUGAUCUUGUGCGAAGGACCUCUGGUUUACAGCCAAAGCACACUUUCUCGUUUCAACAGAAGUCCAGACGAAAGGCUCUCUGGACAGGGUGCUGGAACCAGUAAUGGCUCACGAUAUACACCAAGAAACACCACAAGACGUGGUUGACGACGUGACGACACCCAACGAAAUCAAUCUCUUCUUCCUGGUCGACUCUAGCAUUCGCAGCGGAGUACUUCAAGACCCUUUCGUCCCAGUGGACAAUGCCGAUGGUCCACGCUUUCUCGACACAGAGGCCUGUCUUUGCCAACUUCGACCAGAACCUGUAAAGGGCGACACAGUAUGGUGGCAGUGUGUGGGAAACCAGUUCAACAUAACAGACACGGGAGGAAAGUGGUUCCAGGCCAGGAAUGUGGAUGCUCUCGAGCUCGAAGCCAACAACACUCUCGGCCCCAUCUACGAUGCAUCGUAUGCUCCAGACUCGUCACAAGGGUUCGAAUGGGAUGACAGCCAGAAACAACUUACGAUAACGGGAGAUAGGACACCGGGUCUAAAUGUGUGGGAUACCGCCUGCACAGCGGAGAACAACACCCUCUUUUCGACCACACUCUAUCGCGCGGCCGCCGAGAUUCGGGCCAACCAGACACCGGUCGAUGCGGCACCGUGCUGGAGACCCGGGGCGGUUCCUAUCCAGAUACAGGACUAUGAAAACUGGCAAGAGCAUGGAUGUAAAGAUGGGUUCCUUUGUUCAAACAACACCGUCAACUCGUUACCACAGUACUGUACUCCCAUCACCGCAUGUCAGCUUGCCAGACUAGGGGGCAUCGACUGCAAACUGAAUGGCGUCAAUAUUGGCAUGGGCCCUUUUGAGCCCGUCAUCUGCCAGGCUGGAUGGUACUGUCCUCGAGAAGAGAAGGGAAUGGUCACCCUCAAGUGUCCAUCUGGCCAUUACUGCCAGGCAGGCGCACCUACACCCACGCCAUGUGCAGUUGGGAGCAGGUGCCCAGAAGGCUCCUCCUUUGAACGUUACCUUCUUCCCAUUGUCCUGCUCCUCGUCAUAGACGUGUUUCUCAUCCUUGGGAUGAUCCAUCUCGGUAUCCGGAAGAGACACCGCAAUUCCUCCGCCGGCACCAUCCGACAAAAUCGCUUCGCAGCUGUCAUUGGUGGUUACAAGCAGGUUGAGGAGAAACGCCAUGAGGAAGUCGACUACGAUAUGGCGCUGCGGAGACGAGUCAAGCGUCAAGACACCUUUAGGGGUCUCGGCGAUCAGCUUUACGAGCAAGCGCCUCCUAUUAAUCACGGAAAGACCGUCCGUCACGAUCCUGACCCGGAAAUCUCGCCUACUAUCAAAGCCUUCGUCGACUCAAUGCGCAAAGCUACCUCUGCUUCCGAGUUUGGUCUGUCGUUUGGCUACGACCAACUGACCUUUGCACCCAAGAACAGCAAGAGGCCAAUCCUCCAGAAUGUCACUGGAUCUAUCAACAGCGGAAGCCUAACGGCAGUAAUGGGCGGUUCGGGUGCUGGCAAGUCAACCUUCAUCAACGUUCUCAUGGGCAAGACGCAGUAUACCAAAGGCAGCGUCACGGUCAACGGCAUCCCGGGAAAGCUCAAGCAGUAUAAGAAGCUGAUUGGGUACGUGCCUCAAGACGACAUUGUUUUACCUGAGUUGACUGUCUACGAGAACAUCAUGCACUCGGCCAAGAUUCGGUUGCCGCGCACCUGGAACGAUUCCGAUGUCGAAACCCACGUUAACGUUGUUGUCGACUGUCUGGAACUCUCCCACGUACGUGACAGCUUGGUCGGCAGCGUUGGAAAGCCUGUCAUCAGUGGUGGUCAGCGCAAGCGUGUGAGCAUUGGCAUGGAGUUGGCGGCUGCUCCCAUGGCCAUCUUCCUGGACGAGCCGACCUCCGGUCUCGAUGCUACUUCAGCGAGCUCCAUCAUGAGCACACUCAAGGCUCUUGGAAAACUCGGUAUUACCGUUAUUGUCAUCAUCCAUCAGCCGCGAGUGGAGAUCUUUGAGAUGUUGGACGAUAUGAUCCUCCUCGGAAAUGGACAGCUAAUAUACGAAGGACCUCAGAGUCAAGCGAAGACCUUCUUCGAACAGAUGGGUUUUGUGUUCCCUCCUGGUGCCAACUGCAGCGACGUUAUCACAGAUAUCAUCACAGGAAAUGGUCGGCGGUACAAACGGGAGGGAGAUAUAUCCAAAGAUGCUCUCAUUGCCCAAUGGGCCAAAGGCUCCAGAGUGAGCCUCCUAACUAAUGAAAGCGUGGAUAGGUUCUGGCAACCUAGUCACUCCCGAAACCCAUCUGACACGACCCUGGCCGGCAGCGAGAGCAGCGACGCCGACACAUCCCGCCACAAUCAAUCUUCUCUAAUGUCCAUCAGCAAGCUCAAAGCAGGCGCACGUAUCUCAAUGCUGUCCAUCUCCAACCCUCAGCUAUCCCGCAUUCUGAAGCAUCGCGGCGCCCCUCGUCGGCGACAAACGUUGCUAUGCCUAUUGCGCUCCAUUCUCCAGCAGUACCGCACCCGCUCCAAUUUGUGGUUUGAAAUAGGCCUUUCUACUCUUGCAGGCGUCUUGCUCGGACUCGCUCAAAAGCCAAAAAAUGGCGCCUUCUUUCGAGGCCAGUACAACAAGCCAUACGAAAUCCUGUCUCUCUCAGCAGACUAUGUUGCGGCCCCGCAGAUGGCGCUGCUCAUCACCCUAGCCAUAGGUCUUUCCAGUGCCGCGCCAGGCGUUAAGCUUUUCUCCGAGGAUAUGCUCGUGUACCGCCGCGAGGCGGAGGCUGGGCACUCUCGAGUAGCAUACUUCCUUGCAAAAACGAUCAGUGUGCUUCCAAGGAUGGCAUUGGCUUGCUUGCACUUCUCUGCUCCAUUGUUUCUGAUAAGCAUGCCUGUAAUUCCGUUCUGGACGGCAUUCUUAGCCAACUUGUUAUAUGUGUAUUGCAUCUACGGAUUGGCUAGCUGUAUGAGUAUGGUGGUGAGACGGGAGGAUGCGCCGCUGUUGGCGACGAUGUUCAGCUUGAUUGUCGGCAUCUUAAGUGGUGCGGCGCCGAGCUUGAGAGAAGCUAAAAGGUGGCAUCUUGACUGGUUGUGGAGGGCUGGGCCGGGCGUGUGGUUAGGUGAGCUGUAUUUUGGGCAGUUGGUCAGGCCGUUUGACUAUCUGUAUGAUGUCAAAAUCGCUUCCCAAGUAACGGGAUAUGAGCUGGAUCGGUUGUGGGUUAAUAUGUUGAUCAUGCUUGGCAUUGGGACGGCGUAUAGGUUGUUGGCCUUUGUAGGGCUGGUUCGAGGUGGAAAGUUGAGGGUAUAAUGGAUUUUGACUAGAAGGG